AAAUACACCGAAGCAGAAAAUUAAGAGAAACAAAGAAGAAGAUGGUAGGGUUUGAGAACGCCAAGAAAUCCGACAACGGUUCUAACAAUAAGAACCCCUUGUCCGAGGCCGUCAUCAAUCUCGAUCAAGGGGAUCCGAAGGUGUUCGAGGAGUACUGGAGGAAGAUGGGGGACAAGUGUACGGUGGAGAUCAAGGGAUGGGAAAUGAUGAGUUACUUCAGCGACUUGAAGAACUUGUGUUGGUACGUGCUGCCGGAGCUGGACCAAGCCAUCCGAGGGAUUCACGCUGCGGUCGGAAACGCGACGACUGAGGGACGAUACAUAGUGGUGGGGAAUGGAUCCACUCAGCUCUGCCAGGCCGCCAUUCACUCCCUCGCCUCCCUCCAUUCCUCCCAUCCCGUCAGCGUCGUCGCCGCCUCUCCCUUUUACUCCACAUACUCGGAGGAGACGUCGUAUCAAAGAUCGGAGAUAUACAGAUGGGAAGGGGACGCGAUGAGCUUCGACAAGGAGGGGCCAUACAUAGAGCUGGUGACGUCACCCAACAACCCAGACGGGACCAUAAGGGAACAAGUGGUGAAGAAGCCCGACGGCAACGCCAUCUACGACUUCGCAUACUACUGGCCUCACUACACUCCCAUCACCCACUCCCCUGACCAUGACGUCAUGCUCUUCACUUUCUCCAAAAUCACCGGCCACGCCGGCUCCCGCAUCGGGUGGGCGAUUGUGAAGGACAAAGAAGUGGCGAAGAAGAUGGUGUAUUACUUAUUGCUGAACUCCAUAGGGGUGUCGAAGGAGUCACAGAUAAGAGCGGCAAAGAUCCUCAAUGUGAUGAAGGAGACAUGCCAGUCGGAGACAGAGAGCGUCUUCGAGUUCGGGAGAGACAAAUUGAAGAAGAGGUGGGAGAUGCUUCGAGAGGUUGUCGACCAGACCCACAUCUUCUCUCUCCCUAGCUACCCCGAAGCCUUUUGCAACUUCUUCCAAAAACCCAUCCAAACAUACCCAGGGUUUGCAUGGUUGGGGUGGAACGAGGAGAGUGACCUGGCGAGCCUCUUCAGGAAUCAGAAGGUUCUGACUCGCCCUGGCAGCAUGUGUGGUUCUGACAAUAAGUACGUCCGAGUCAGCUUGUUCUCCGAUGACGCUGUCUUCUCCGUCUUCCUCCAAAGGCUUGCCUCCAUCACCACCGAUUCCAUCCAUUAAUUCUCCGAUACGAAGAUAUCGAUCCGAUGUGGCUUACCUUAUGAUUCCGUCUUUACCUAAUAAUAAGUAGUAAUAAUAAUAAUAAUAAUAAUAAUAAUAUUAUUAUUAUUAUUAUUAUUAUUAUUACUACUUAUUAUUAGGUAAAGACGGAAUCAUAAGGUAAGCCACAUCGGAUCGAUAUCUUCGUAU